CGGUCUUGGAUCGCAACAACCAACCGUGACCGACGGAAUCCACGAACGAGUGCCGAGUUCUCUCCAUCUGUGACCGUGCCUGCGAUGCUAAACUCACCGAGCGUGUUGCUCUCUACUAGUAAUGCGAAUGUCAUCAUCGUGGACGCCAAUACACUGCACACCAUCGUGGUGGCCUGUAGCGUGCUGUUGCUGCUUGUAAACUUGUUUGUCACGUUUCUGGGUAGCAAGUUCUUCUCGACGUCCCUCAUUCUGCAAGGGGGGAUCUUGGGAGGCUUUGUGGGGUGGUACAUUGGGGACGCGAUUGCCGACUCAAUUGGCAAACACACUCCAGUCCUCAACCUCAUCACAGCCAUCGGAUUUACGCUGUUCUUUGCGUUUUUCACGUGCAUGUUGCGGCUCUUUAUGAAGUUCCUCUUCGGAUUGGCGCUAGGCGUGCAAAUUGGGUCGGUUCUCAACGUAGUGUGGCUCCACAACAUUGAUUCACCGAUUAACCGCGCCAACCACAACACUCUCGGCUACGUUGUCAUGGCUCUGCUUGGCCUACUCCUCGGCCUUUCGGCCGUCUUCUCCGGCCGAAGCAGCCACAUUGCGCUCACGGCGUGGGUUGGUUCGUAUUGGGUUGUACAAUCCAUUGGAAACUUUGUCGGCAACUUUCCGCCUACGUUUUAUCCCUACCCGAACGACGCUCCAUCGUCCGUGCCGUCGACGUUUUACUAUUACAUUGGAGGAUGGGUGGCCUUGGCGCUGGUUGGCAUUCUGGUACAAGCCCAUCUGGCCGCACUCGACCCCCCCGGCAACGCAGCACUCGACGAGAUGGACGACCUGCAACUGGAAAAAGCGUACCAAAAGCAAAUGUCAUACAAACAAGUGUAGGGGAAUAACGCCACUCGAUCUCGCCGUUGAAUACUAAAUGGGUUCAAAUUUUGAAACGCU